UGCAACCGUUAAAAAGUUUCAAUAAUAUUUUAUUAUUCGGUCUUGUUAGAAACGUCGAAUGUGUUGGUUUGUUUAAAUUUGUUUACGUGUGUCGCCGUGCUUUUUAUCCAUCAUUUACACUGGUUACUGAUAGAUUUUAUUUGUCAGAAAUCAGAAUUAUAAAUCUAGUGACAGACGUGGUUGUAGUGUUGUUGGAAACGCUGUUUCGACGUUGGAAGUCAGAAAACGAUGACGAACAAUCGGUAAUAAAACUUUGACAAAAAUAAGCGUUUUGCGAGAAUGGUGAUUCUACCUUCUACAACUGACUACGUCGUUUACUUCCGAUGUCAGGUGAAACCAAGCAUUGUGAAAUGCAUAAAGCUUGAUGUACCCCCCGUUGCUACACUACAGUUGAGAUAAAACGGUGAUCCGAUAAUCGGAAAUAGACCUCGAUAAGGCGUUACAGGAGUCGCACGCUCGCGCGUGUGCGUGCGUACGUGUGUUGUUCGGGACGAAGAGUGAUUUUUUUUUUCGUGACUUCUGUGGCGGUGGCGACAGGAGCAACAGGAGGACCACUACCGGCACGCCGGUUUAGGUACCGCCGAAUAAGAAGAAUAUUAUUAACCCGCGCGGCGGCGUCGUCAAGAGACCGAACGUGAUUCGCGAUCGCCGAUGGGCUGGCGGGGUGGAAAUGGGCGGCCAGGAAACGGCGGCUGCUCGACGACAAGUCGCCGCGGACCCGAUGCACGCGCUCCGCAUUCUUUAAUUCGGCUCCGGGCCAAACACACCGCUGCCGCCGUCAUUGCCGCCGCCGCCGCCGCCUCGCAACACGUUAUCACGUCGCCGCCGGUUCACUGUCACACGCGUAUCCGCCGCCGUAACAAUAACAACAAUAUUGUUGAUAAUAUUUUGUAAUAUUAUUGCACCACAACAUACAAACACGUGGGCGCCUGUCGACCAACCGUCCCGGAGACUCGCACCCGUUUUACGAGUAACCAACUUGUCCCGCAGAGAUGGCGUUUGAAACGAAUGAAACAGGCGUGAGUUGCAGUGAAAACAAACGUUGAAAUAAAUUAUCGUCAAGAAUUUCAAUCCAAAAUGUUUAACAGAAAUUUGAUUUUUGUUGCGUUGGUUUUUUUGUACGGCAAUCUAGAAGUAAAUUGUCAAAUGCAUGAACCAGACGAAAUAAUGCCUGAAUUUUAUGCGCCACUGGAAAAUUGGACGGUGACCCAAGGCCGAGACAUAUACUUUACGUGCACGGUGAACAAUUUGGGAAAGUACAAGGUGGCUUGGAUCAAAUCGGAUUCUAAAGCGAUUCUGGCCAUCCACACGAAUUUGAUUGCUCACAAUCACAGACUGACCGUUACUCACAAUGGACACAAUACUUGGAAAUUACACGUGUUUAAUGUUCAAAAAAACGAUACUGGAAGUUACAUGUGCCAAAUAAAUACGCAACCGAUGAUUUUACAGACCGGGUACUUGGACGUGCGGAUCCCACCAAAUAUAUUGGAUGAGGCAGACAUCGAAGGCCCGGGUAGCGCGGCCAUGGAAGGUGGUACCAUAAGGUUGCGGUGCCGGUCCACCGGGAAACCAGAACCAAAAGUUCAUUGGAAACGCAAGGACAACCGUCACAUCGUCAUUCGAUCCGACGGGGCUAGAGAAAAACAAGAGUCGGCCACUGUUAAGGGCGACACGUUGGAGCUUAGCAACGUGCACCGGACCGACAUGGGCAAGUAUCUGUGCAUAGCCAAGAACAACGUGCCGCCAACUGUCAGCAAAGAAUUCAACGUUCAAAUACACUUUCAUCCGAUGAUCAAGGUGACCAAUCAACUAGUGGCCGCGCCGACCGGAAGCAACGUACACAUUCAGUGUUAUGUUGAAACCUCGCCGAAAGCCAUGCACAGCUGGGUCAAAGUAGACGGUGGUGAUCUCAUGCCCAACACCAAGUACAAAAUGUCGGAGACUCCCAUAAACGAAUAUUCAUUGCAAAUGGACCUGACCAUAACAAACCUUGAACCCAAAGACUUUGGUAGCUAUCUGUGUAUAGCUAAAAACGCUUUGGGUAUAGCCGAAGGAUCCAUAAGGCUUCAAGAACUGCGUUUGCCUAGUGCCCCAACCACUCCAGAACCGCCAGAACUGGAACCGGAAAAAGAUGGUAACGGAGAGUCAGCAGAUGAAGAUGAAGAGAACUUGGUGCCUGUGGAGGGUGAAGCUACAUCCAACGGUGACAAUCGAUCGUCGGACGACCAACAAAGACAACAGGAACAACAAAAGCAACUAUCAGUAUCCACAAAAAAACCUCUUCAGACUGUUCAUGGAGUUAGAAAUGGAGAUGGUGGAGGUGGCAACGUCCGUCAUGACAACAAACAAAGACAUGGCUCUGUCAAGGGUUCCAGUUCCGGAUAUCCCGCUCGUUGGCUGUUAGUGCUGACCGCCAUCGUCAUAGUCAUACUGUUUCGGUCGCCGACAGUAUCUCGGUGGUGACGACUCUGCUAAUGAGGAGACUGUUGUAGAACGCUUAUCCAGUCAGUGUCCUCGACACUUAAUAAUUUUUGAUCUAAGACAAUAAUCGGUUAAUUUUUUUUAAACAAUAUUUUCUUAUUUUUCACCCAUGGACCGUUGUAAUCGCAUAAUGUUUUUUCAAAAUAAA